AUGGCAAAGCCAAAUGGCAGCGUUGCUCCCUCAGGAGACAGAAGCAACUUGAUUCCCUUUUCAUCUCGUUUGAGAGAUGGGAGGGCUUUGGCACUUGACGUUUGGACUAUAUUCAGCGCGGUCAACUUGCCCGCGGACUGCAUUAAUCUCGGACAAGGCUACAUGAACUUUGCGCCCCCAAAAUGGGUCACCGAUGCUGCAGAAGUCGCCCUCAAUACAGUCGCACCAAACCACUAUUCUCAUCCUAGAGGGCGCAUACGUCUCCGCGAGGCCAUUAAAGCAUUUUAUGGCCCACAAUUCAAUAGGAAUUUGGACGUAGAGUCUGAAAUACUCGUGACAAGCGGUGCAAAUGAAGAGCAGGGGGACGAGGUUAUUAUGUUUGAACCGUUCUUCGACCAGUACCUGCCAUCUGUAACUUUCAAUGGAGGAAAGCCUGUUUACGUACCAUUGCACCCACCUAAAGAUUCCCUGAUUAAACCCACAAGUAACGACUGGACCAUCGAUGUCGAUGAGCUUCGUCGUGCCAUUACGCCAAGAACGAAAAUGAUCAUUGUAAACACGCCGCACAACCCUGUUGGGAAGGUGUUCACCAAAUCAGAGCUCGAAGCCAUAGCAGCGAUAGCGGAGGAAUUCAAUCUCCUCGUGAUGGCAGAUGAGGUGUAUGACUGCCUCGUCUUUGAUGGCAAAGAACAUGUCCGCAUUGCAAACUUACCUGGCAUGUGGGACCGCACAGUGACAGUGGGUUCUGCAGGAAAGGCGUUUGCAGCGACUGGGUGGCGUAUCGGUUGGCUCAUUGGACCAAAGUCCAUCAUCCAGCCCACAUUAGCUGCGAGCACGCGAAUCGUAUUCUGCUCAAACUCGCCGUUACAAGAAGCUGCUGCAACUGGCCUUGAAUUGGCUAAGGAGAAGAAAUUCUUUGAAACACAACUCCAGGAAUAUGUGGAAAGACGAGACAUUCUUACUAAAGCAUUCGACGACCUCGGGUUAAAAUACACUCACCCCGAAGGGAGUUACUUUGUUCUACUGGACAUCUCCCGCGUCGAUUUCCCAGAGGACUAUCCAUUCCCUGAAAGUGUAUUAGGAAGAGGGCGCGAUUUCCGAGCUUGUUGGUUCAUUGCGAACGAAGUCGGCGUUUCCUCUAUUCCAGUCAGCGAGUUUUACUGCGAGGAACACGCAAACAUCGGGGAGGCCUAUGCCCGAUUCGCAUUCUGCAAAGACGUCGAUACUUUGCGCAGAGCGGCGGAGCGUUUCCAAACUCUCAAAAAAUAUUUGAAGUAG